UCUCUUCCUGAAAAUGGCACAGAACAGCUUUCAUCACACUGCAGCAUGGUGGAAACAUUCGGCUACUAGACUGCAAGUAAAAUCGUGAUUUGUAGUGUUUGGAGAUAUUCAGAAAGCUCCAAGCAGACGACAGCCCGUGCAAUUUAUAAAAAUCUGGAUGGACUUAGAAAGCAAAAGUUGCCUUUUGUGUUUUACGCGUAGCCGAGCCUACACCAGUCCUCAACGUUAGGUUGUCGUCGAGGGGCAUUUAUCAUGACCUUCAGUAGGCCUAAGUUGUAGACAAACUCCAAGAGGUCCUGAUACUAUAAUGUCUCAAGGAAUUUGUUGUUAGACUUUACAUAAGCCCUAUACUCCUGAUGACAUUAAGAUGGACCAUAUUCUGGAAAUCGUGUGUACCGCUAAGACACCACGGCAUCGCUGUCAAAUUGACUGGAAUCCUGGGUAAUCAGCUGAUCUCCCGUUCACAAAACCACAGACUCCAGCCAUAUCGGAAGAAUCAUAAAAUGACAGUACAUUUGCUUAAGGAUGAAGCUGUACAGAAGUACAUACACAGGCUUAGGAAUGAAUACAAAGUUGUCACUGGCACGUUACAAAACGCGAAUCUAAGUGAUUCUGACAGGCGACACUGUCACCAAAGACGAGUGGAACUGUUGCCUGUGGUAAACGCAUUCACAUGCACCGAAGACGCUGCAAAAGAUCUUCAAGAAGUGGAGUCCUUUCUUCAAAGUACUAUAGCGGACCCUACCCAAGACGAGCAAAUGGUUGAGCUGCUUAGAAAAGAACAAGCUGAACUCACCAGAACACUCCAAGACUUAAAUAAAGAAUUGAUCCAGGCUCUGGUUCCACUAGAUGAGCAUGACGACAGCAAUGUCAUAUUGGAAGUAGCAUCUGGCAGGACUACUGGAGGUGACAUUUGCCAGCAGUUUACCCGUGAGAUCUUCGACAUGUAUGAAGGUUUUGCCAGCUACAAAAACUGGCACUUUGACGUCCUUAAUUACGCUCCUGCAGACUAUGGUGGACUGCACCAUGCGGCAGUGAAAGUGUCUGGUGAGGCCGUUUACAGAUGGCUGAAGUUCGAGGGGGGCACCCACCGGGUGCAGAGGAUCCCUGAGGUGGGGCUGUCCUCGCGCAUGCAGCGCAUCCACACGGGAACCAUGAUGGUCAUCGUGCUGCCUCAGCCCAACGAGGUGGAGAUUCAGAUUGACCCGAAAGAUUUGAGAAUCGACACUUUCAGAUCAAAAGGGCCCGGGGGUCAAAGUGUGAACACGACAGACAGUGCUGUCCGAAUUGUCCACUUGCCCACAGGCACAGUGGCUGAGUGUCAACAGUCCCGUUCCCAGAUCCAAAACAAAGACACAGCCAUGCGGGUACUCAAGGCCCGUCUGUACCAAAGCAUCAUGGGAAAACAAACAGAACAGAGAGACACAGCACGCAAGCAACAGGUGGGCACUCGGGCCCAGGCUGAGAGGAUUCGCAGUUACAACUUCAGUCAGGACCGAGUGACAGACCACCGCAUUGGCUACAUGACUCGGGACAUCAAGGAGUUCAUGAGGGGUGGAGAGCAGCUGGAGGAGCUGAUCUCGGCACUGCUGGAGCACAGUGACCUCGAAGCCUUGCUGGAGCUGGUGGAGAGCGACCGGCUACCGAGGAGGGAGACUGACCCAGGAUCAGCUGCCGAGGAGGGAGACUGACCCAGGAUCAGACCCGGUGGGCAGCUUCAACUGUUAACAGUGACAGGCUCGUAUGAAGUUACCGGACAGGUAAAGGGGAGGUUACUACUAUACAGUCUCCAGUUUUCCCUUUACCUGAGAGACCUACUUUAGACAGCUGAUGGCAUGACCAGGACGUUGUUCACAGAUCAGGAAAGUCUGCCUUUCAAAUGUAACCGGUUGGAAAUGACUUUUGACUCUGCAGAGAUAACGUUAAAGUAAGUUAUAAAAUGAAUAAAAUGUAAUGGCAGCUGC